UGCUUUGCUUGCCCACGGUUCUUGGAGCUGUGGGCUGGUUAUUGAAAUUCAGGGUGGGAGACAUCGCUCGAGGGGGUGCAGGGCUACUGGUGUGUAGAGCAAUAAAUGCAGCAACUGUACAAGAAGCAAUUCAGGGAUAUCAGACAUGGCAGCCGAUUCUUCCCUCCUGCAGAUUGGAGUUGUAGGAUUUGGACAUCUAGGGCAGUACCUGGUGGAGCGGAUCCUUAAAGAUGGACCUGCCCUUGGUUUGACUCUGGGUUUUGUCUGGAACAGGAAUUCUGACAAACUCAGUGGUUUCGUCCCCUCUGAGCUCAUACUUGGGGAACUAUCAUCCUUUGUAGAAAGGCGAUGUGAUGUGAUUGUGGAGGUGUGCCAUCCUCAGAUAGUUAAAGAAUUUGGGCUCCAGUUUCUGUCUCAGUCUCAUUUCAUGGUGGGCUCUCCGUCUGCCCUUGCUGAUCCUGAUCUGAACCAGAAGCUGCGUCAGGCUGCUCAGCAGUAUGGCAGGACUCUCUACGUACCCAGUGGUGCAUUAUGGGGAGGCCAGGACAUCCAGAGGCUGAAUGACAGCGGGAUGUUAAAGGCGUUGUUCAUAAGAAUGUCCAAGCAUCCAUCCUGCUUUCGGCUGACAGGAGAUGUCCUCACUGACUGGACGGAGGGAGAGGGCAGGCGUGUUUUAUUCAGAGGCUCCGUUGCAGAAUUGUGCCCACUUGCUCCUAACAAUGUGAACACCAUGGCAGCCGCAGCAGUGGCAGCAGGAACAUUGGGCUUUACUGCUGUCCAGGGAGAGAUUGUGUCAGAUACAGCGUUAAGGGACUAUCACGUGGUGGAGGUGGAGGUGACUGGGCCUGAUGGUUUCUCAGUACACACAGUGAGGAGGAAUCCAGCCAAACUUGGAGCUGUUACUGGCAGUGCUACAUACAACUCCUUCUGGAAUAGUUUACUCAUCUGCAAAGGUCACGGGGGCAGAGUUUACUUGUGCUGAAGAAGUUGAGGACUAUGGAGGAUUACCUAUACCAUAAGAAGAGAAUUCACUGCAAAAUUCCAGCUGAUCUGAAUAAUUUAUGAAGGAUACACCGUGAAGACAAGAUCAGCGUGUUACAGAGAAGCAGAUCUUUAGAAGCAUUUGUUUCAAUAAACUCCAUGAACACAA